AUGGCAAUGACGAUGGACAUUGAAUAUCAGCCUUUAAAUUUAUCUUCAAGGCAAGUUCGAUUGAUCACGUUGUUGCCAGCGUCCGAUACAUUAGGUGAUAAAGUCUUUGUCAUUCUGCGGACGGUCUCCCUGGACGAUGAACCGACGUAUGAAGCACUCUCCUACGUAUGGGGCGACGAGAAAGACACGCGGGAGAUCAGUGUCGAUGGCAAGACGGCCAAUGUCACGAAAAACCUAGAGGCCGCGCUCCGGCGAUUGCGAGGCCCCUCGCCCAGGGUGCUGUGGGUAGAUGCCUUGUGCAUCAACCAAAAGGACACUAACGAGAAGAACCACCAGGUUCCCUUCAUGUCGCAACUGUAUACGAAAUGUCAGCACACGAUAAUUUGCCUUGGUGAGGAGGGGAACAAUCGCAUCGAAGCGUUUUUCCAAUGGAUCAAUUCUACACCGUCACAGAAAUCAACCGAUGAUGGAACUUCUUCAACAGCCACUCAAUCCAGACGACAAGGCAGCGAGACGGUCUACUUAGGGUAUAUCGAACUCUUCAAGCUGUCAUAUUGGCAGCGCAUGUGGACCUACCAGGAGAUGGUACUCCCAAUCAAUGAUCCUAUUUGUGUCUAUGGUGAUUAUCGCUGUCCUCUUUCGACACUCUUCGAAUGCGAAAUGCAUUUAUCACGUAUCGAAUCCGCAAUACCGGUCCUUUCUGGACUGGAAUCCUUGAUGAGUUAUCAAGUAAGCAGAACGAUUGCUCGAGGUGUCCAAAUGGCACGUGAAGGCGGUAAAGAGACAUAUCUGUGGUCCCACCUUCUGUACACUGCCGGCCGUGCAAGCAGCGACCCCCGAGACCGGAUUUACGCCUUGCAUGGACUGUGUUCGGGGCUUCGUAAGGUCUACCCAGCAGAAUACAACCCUCGCUAUCAUUCUCCAUAUAGAGCGCUUCUUGAGGCUACUGUUUAUAGCAUUAUGUACGAGGCUGCCUUCGUGGCUACUCUCGGACUAUUUCGAAUGCGUCCAAACAGAUUUUUGGAGACGGCAUUGCCAUCUUGGGUUCCUGAUUACAAUGUCAGACUCCGUCGGGCCCCCUCUAUUUUUAGAUGUGCGGAAAGGUUGCAGCGACGAUCAAUUGAUGACCCUAUGCCUUCGACACGAGAGCGAGACACCGCUGUGAUAAUUGGAGUUCCUGGCGUCGGUGUGCGGAAUCCCCUGGAGCCCAUGUCCACAUUAGUGCCAGCGGACUUUCUCGACUGGAAAGUGAUGGAUUUGGUACUAUCAAAAGGGCAGGAAGGUUGUCAUACAGCAUCUUAUGCGACAGGUGCUGAGCUUGUCCUACUUCCUGGUGUCAAGGAACAUCUUGAGGAAGCGACAGAUGUUUCACGAGAAGUCUCAGCUGGUCAUAUAUUUUAUCAACCAGAGUCGUUCAUGCACGUCCUUUUGGGAGAUAAGCCCACCUUGCGCAUAGCUGGUCGGUAUAUAGGGACGUGCGAAAGGUUAGACACCUUUGGAGAAGACAGAAGAGCGAACACUUCCAUGUUGUAUGGUAUGUUUGGAGCCUGGCGUUCCAUGGACUAUUCAACCUCACUGAAUGCAUUAUUCCUCACGAUCAGACGGGCUUACUGGGUCAUGGAGCUUGAGGACGUGCCCACCCUUCAAGACUUUCGCACAGGGUUCGAGAUGGCUUUUCCACUAGGGCCAUCCGGCGAAUUCUCCAUCGAUGACAUGAUCGAGAAGCUGUUACAUCGUGCAGCGCAGGUAGAGACCUUCUCUACCGAAACAGAUGAGCAACGCCUGAUAGACUUAUUCCACAAUUUUAUAGACGAAACUGGUCCUAGAACUGCUGACGAAACAGUAUUUGGAGUCGAGGGAAUACCAGAAUUGGUGGGCGUAGGAUUCGAAGCCUUACAAACCGGGGACAUUAUCGUUGCUCCUAUAGAUCAGCAUCGUCAGCAGAGUGGUCCACUGGUUCUUCGAAAGGUCGAGACUAGCGAUGCAAAUGCGGCCAGAGACGAAUCGCAGAAUCAACAGGCACAACGGAACAAAGAGGGCACGGUGUACUACAAAUUGGUUGGACCCGCGAUAAUACAUGCAUUAACAGAAGAGUCAGAAUUGGUAGCUUGUCUUGCUCACCGGCGCGUGGAAGAUUUCUUCGUUCAGUGA